UCUUUAUACUUUUUUAUUCUUUAUUGAGGUGAGUAGAGAAAGCUGGGAAAGACAUGCAGUUAAUGGCCUCAGGGUGGAUUUGAACCCCGGUCUCUGCAAUAGCUUAAAAAAUACCGGCUCACCAGCUUAACCUGAUGGGCAACAAUGGGGCCUCAUAUUUUCACCUUUUAAUUAAAUAAUGAUGCAGAUACAUUGGUAAAGUUGAUGGGUUUCCAUAAAACUGUAGGGCAUACAGAUUCAUAACAGGUUAUAAGAAUAUAACCUGUUAUGAAGAAGAUAAGAAACAGUGCCAGUGUUUGAAACAUGAAGGUAACAGCUUUUCUGCGACACCCAAAAAACACAUGUGACAUGGAGUGGAUAGAUGGCGCCUUAAAGUUUAAUUUAGGAUUUAUAUAAAGAAAAAAAAUCCAAACCUACCUAACCCCAUGUGGAAAAAAAUUGCACCCCUUUGCGAAGUCGUGAAUUAUUUGCUGAGAUCUGUUGAGUCAAAACUGUUACAAUGGUGGAUGCUCGUAUAAAAAUGGCCGAAGUUUCCAAUAAAGCAUCAGUGAGUGUAUGUACAAGUAAUCAGUAUGAACCCAAAGGUCAGGCUUCAGACAGUUCCACGUUUAAAAAAAGUUUUUAUUUUGUCCUGAUCUGCAUGAUGUCACAAAGAGGGGAUGUCAUCAGAGACGCCAUGAUAAUUCAACAUUUUCAUGAUGCUUAACUCGCAAUGCAUUGGUAAGUUCUCAGUCUCUUUUUCUCAUGUGACUUGUUUUUAUUGCUGCAAAAUGGGAGCGUGGCGCAGACAGCCUGAUAAAUAUUUUUCAUUAAAAAUGUUGCAUGCACCUUAAAAACUCAACACUUUGCAUUGCAGUGUAGUCCAAGUUACUUGGAUACAAACACCUGUUGACUGCUGUACUGUUACAGGUGUUUUGAAUGUGAGACAGCAGUGAGAGUCUUAUGUGACAUAAGAGUUCUUGUAGAUUUGGGUACAGCGGUGUCCUUUAAAAAACGUUGUGGCAUACCUGCACUCCAGUACCUAACCAGUACCAGCAGCCCAUAAAGUAUGCGAUGGAUUGUGUUAUUUUCUUUGCUCACUCUGAAAUGGGCAGUAACUUGGUAAUCAGCUCUCUUCUUUGCUCAAUCUUUGUUUAAAAAUCCAGAAUAAGUCCAUAUGUUUGAUUUACACAUGGGCGGCACUUUCCUCGAGUUCUUCCUCCCAUGCCUUCAUCUGUGUUUUACCAGUUUCCUCCCACAUGCUGACUGUCACCUCUUUUGGCCUCACUAGAAAUGUUGCUGUACGCCAUACAGUGACAAAUAAAGGCACUCUGUUCUAAAAACACAAAAGCAGAGCUGCAAAAAUCUGUCAAAAUCAAAUAUGCUGAGCUGCCCGCUGUGACGACCCCUUGCGAAUAAGGGAACAGCCGAAAGUAGCUUUUAUCCCUGAUCAUUAAAAUCCAGCUGAUGUUUAAACUUUCUGUUUGCAAGGGCAGCCAGUCUGAUGAAAGAUGGCUUGAAAGGAGAGUGGACUUAAAGGGAAUGGGAGCUAAAACCGAGAUGAACUCCAUGGCGAUGUACCACAGCCCAAUGUUGAAUCUCAGAGAAAGGAGGAUGAUACAGGGCGCCUCUGAACACGAACACAAGACAAAGACACACACAUGAACAAGACAAAGACAACCGCUAUUGCCUCAGGUCUCUGUGCAAAAACAUGAAAAGGUCAGCCAUAGCCACCCAGUGCCACUGUGGUCUGUGCUGAACUGCAGAACCAGAACAAAGUGUUAAGCAGAGCCGACGGGCCAGCUUCUUGAAUGUCAUACGCGAUCCUUUCCGGCCACAGGAAAUGAAAUGUCUCUGCCUCUGUGUGCCUGACUUGCUUUGCAUCUUUCAGCCAGCGAUGAGGGAUUCAAUUACCCAGUGAUUGAAUGUGAUUCAUUAAUCACAAAGGAGAAAAUGUGGGGUUUAAUUUCCACGCCUCGGGCUGUGGGUUCUGCUCAAGAUGACCGCGCUAAUUGCUACCGUGAGUAAUUUGGAAUCAAGCUUGCCGGCUUGAUGGUGCUGAAAGCAGGCGUUAAUGUAAAUGACGGGCUGUUCUUUUAAUUUUUUUGAAUUUUUUGUUCACGAGUGCUGCCUGAAGAGAGAUGUGGUGAAUAAUAUCCUGCAGGCAUCAUUACAUGGGAGGUAUUUUGUGUUGGAUCCAGAGCUGGGACAGCUGCAGUACUUUGUCAAUGAGCAGGGGAAGAGCCAGAAGCCCCGUGGCUCGCUGCCUCUGAUCGGCGCCUCGGUGACGACGAGCGACGAGGCUCCGCACAUGUUCAUCGUAAACUCCGUCAAUGGAGAGCUGUAUAAACUCAGAGCCUCUGAUGCCAAGGAGCAGCAGUUUUGGAUCAGCCAGCUCCAAGCAUGUGCCAGACGUCACUCUGACAGCAGUGCCAAGGUGAGGAAGCUAAAGGGCUCAGAUGAACACUUGAGUGUGGAAAGAGCAGGAGGAGGCCAGGAGCUGCUGGGCUCCUCUUCCUCUGGUCGGACCCGUAGUUUCUCCCUCCUACCCCACCUAACACCAACUUCAUCCCCGGGAUCUCCGAGGCACCUGGGUCACCCCGCCACACCCAGCAACAUCGUCACGAUCACUCACCACAAAUCUCCAGCUGCAGCUCGACGAGCCAAGAGUCAAUACCCAGGCCGGCUGCUGGAGGUCAAAGAGGUGAUGUCCCAAGCAGAGGGCCAACAGAAGAACCUCGUCCAGUCCAUCGACUCCCUGCCCACCAAAGGGCCACUCUCCUGUCUGGAUCAGGACCUGCUCCUGCUCAAAGCUACGUCGGCUGCCACCCUGAGCUGCCUGGGCGAGUGCCUGAACAUCCUCCAACAGACUCAGAGCCACAGCCAGGUUCCACCUCAGUCCCAGGUCUCCCAGCGCAACCACGCCUCCCACGGAGCCCCCUCCGAUGGUGCUCCUGUGUGGACUGUACCAAAGUCGCCCUCGGGGGAGCAACUGAAGAACGGGGGUCUGACUCCUUUACAGUCAACCGAGCCCUCCCCAGCCCUCAGGGAAAGGAUUCUGCCCCAUGGUGCUGAGCAGCACCCAGGGCUGGAAGACGUCAGCCCCAGUGAGGAGGUGACGGAUACGGAGGACAACGAAGAGGAGGACCUGGGCCUCCUGGAUGACCAGCGGAGCAUCAUUCUCCACCUGCUCUCGCAGCUCAAACUGGGAAUGGAUCUCACACGGGUGGUGCUGCCUACUUUCAUUCUGGAAAAGCGAUCACUGCUGGAAAUGUACGCUAACUUCAUGGCGCACCCCGACAUGUUCCUGUCAAUAACAGCGGGGGCCACGGCUGAGGACCGAAUAGUCCGCUUUGUGGAGUAUUACCUGACUGCCUUCCACGAGGGGCGGAAAGGUGCUGUGGCAAAGAAGCCCUACAACCCCGUGUUGGGGGAGACCUUCCACUGUUCCUGGGAAGUUCCUCGGGACAAAGUCAAGCCUUUGGUCAGAUCGAACCCGGGGUCGGCUCGGGAGCCAAGCAGAGGCCCCAACAACACGCAGGACGAGGACUCACCGGGAAGCUGCUACAGAGUGCGUUUUGUGGCCGAGCAGGUGUCCCAUCAUCCCCCUGUGUCCGGGUUUUAUUGUGAGUGCCGGGAACGGAGGAUGUGUGUCAACGCCCACGUGUGGACCAAGAGCAAGUUCAUGGGGAUGUCUAUAGGAGUGUCCAUGGUGGGAGAAGGAGUCCUUUAUCUCCUCGAGCACGACGAGGAGUACGUCUUCACAUUGCCCUGUGCCUACGCCCGCUCCAUCCUCACUGUGCCCUGGGUGGAGCUGGGGGGCAAAGUCUCCAUCAACUGUGUCAAGAGCGGCUACUCGGCCACAGUGACCUUCCACACAAAGCCUUUCUACGGAGGGAAGGUACAUCGGGUGACAGCAGAGGUCAAGCACAACCCGACCAACACCAUCGUGUGCAAAGCACAGGGAGAGUGGAACGGCACGCUGGAGUUCACGUACAGCAGCGGGGAAACCAAAGUGAUCGACACGACCAAACUUCCCGUCACCAAGAAGAAGCUGCGGCCGGUGGAGAAACAGGCGAGGACAGAAUCCAGGCGGUUGUGGCAAAACGUCACCAAGUCGCUGAAGGAAGGGAACAUCGACGAGGCCACGGAGCACAAACACAGACUGGAGGAGUGUCAGAGAGGGGAGGAGAGGCAGAGAGCAGCUGAUAACAAACCCUGGACGCCCAAAUACUUCACUAAAGAGGGGGACGGUUGGAGCUAUAAUAACCCGCUGUGGAAGUCAACCUGACAUCAAAAACGCUCCUUUCUAACGGACUAUAACAACUCCAGCUCCCCGCGCUGAGGAGGACGGGGGAGGGGUUCAAACGAGGGGAGCGGCGUCCCCCGUGGACCUUCAGACCCCACCGAGUGACACUACGGCGACAUAAGCAGGAAACAAGCAAGGUGCCAAAGGGAUCUCCACAGUUUGGGACUCCUGGGGAGAGCAGUACAUUUUAUAUACAGUUAGUAGUAUUCAAAGUAGAAUAUUUCUAUUUUUCACCUGUCAAGGCCUUUUUUUGCACACACACAGUUUAUGACGCCUGCCACUAGUGUCCCACUUUGUAUUUUUCUUUUUAAUGAUCAGCGCGUUUUUCUCAGAAAUCAUAAGUGUUUGUUCCAGGUUUCAUGCCAUGUUAGAGUGGAUCACAUCUCCUGUAACACAUAAUACUGUAGUUCCCAGAUUAGUUUGUUUAUAACGCACUUUUAACAUAGAAGUAAAUCUACUAUUUUGUAUCGAUGGCUUUUACCAAUCAGGUUGGGUCUCUCAGAGCUUUAGAAGAAUUAAGGAAACCUAAGCAGAUUUAAAACUAUUUAAAAUCAAAUGUACUACAUUAGAUGAUUUAGUAUAUAUUAAUAUACAGUAUAUUACAGCAAGCUACUAGAAAGUGAAGGUCCUGAUUGUUUGUGUCUGCACUAUGAAUGUAUCUUGGCACAUUUUAAUUGUACAGUAUGCUUUCCCAUCUUGUACUGAUGGCUACUACACAUGCUUACUACAGUAUGUUGCUCUAUCACCUCUGCCUAACAGAUGAGCUCCAUUACUACCUCUCGUUUCGCCAUCACACGCUUUUUCUUCCAGAAGAAAACACCGGUUUGUUUGUAUUGUAGCCAAGAGCUCCUCUAAUUGGUGUUGUAUCUGCGCCCCUCAGAUGACACGUCCAUAAUUAGGGAGCCCCUGUACACCCCGUCUGUGCCUCCUGAAGUUAAUACUUCUCCUUAGUUUCAGCUGUGGUGAGGAUUAUGGAUGAGGCAGCUUGCAGGAACAUACAGCCAUGUUAUCACAUUUUGGGGGUGGCGGUGGGGGAAAGAGGCUGCCUCUGUGAAGAUGAAGGUCUGCCAGAAUAACAAUCACUGGGAAACUGCAGGAAGAGGUUCAUACCACUGUGUACUCGCGUUUUUAUGUCUACAUUUGACGAGAUAUGUGACGAUUAUUCAGACUGAUCGGCUUUUCUACAAUAAAGUAAAACGGUUUUAAAUGAAAA